CCAGUAGACAGAGAGAAGACGUGCCCGAUGCUGCUGCGACUCUUCUGCAAAGUUGGCGAGCACCACAGAGACGACGAGUUCUCUUACAAGCAACAGCCGACAGACGAGGAGGUGCGGGUUCAUACCUGGCGUGAUGCGACCAUGGCCGAGCUGACCGAGCUCCUCGCUCAAGUUCACCGCGAAGUUCGUCAGAGCGGCACUAAGUGCACUUUUAAGGUCCUGUAUCCGGACGCGAAUGGAAAGUUCGUUUCGCACGUCAUCGGCAGCACAGCCAUUGGCCGUAGACUGCAUGACGACGUCUCUCAGAAAACUCUCGCUCAGAUCCGCUACCAG